UUAAAGAGUGAGAUUAUUCAAGCUCCCUAGAGAAGACAAAACCAGGUGAAAAUGACUUAUUUGGAAACGCAAUUUGUUACAAAAUUUAAUUUUUCCUUUUUUGCUUCAGGUUUUAUGGAAAUCAAGGUAGGUUGUCUCCCUUCCACCACAGCGCUUUGAUGUCUCGGAGUACUUUGUGGUUAGAUUUUAAUUACUUUUUAUUUUGGUGGGAGAUCUAAGUGAAUUUUUAAAUGACAACGAAACCGGUCGGUUCAGUCACUAAUUCAAGCAACCGAAAAAUGCCCUUGUGAGAGCCUAAUUUUACGACAUGAUUAAUACUUGUAUUUAUUCAUAAGCCACGCUCUACUGGUUCUUUACUAAAGCAUAGAGGUAUACAUGUACUUCUAAUUAGACAUCAAAUACAAGCACUUUGGUGUGUACGUUUCAAAAUAUAUCAUUUUGUUGAAUAGUCAUAGCAUCACUUUUUCUUAGAAUUGAGAAUUAUAGAAAAUUGUUUUAUAUACAAGAAGAGUCUGUUAUGUUUAUAUUUUCUUCGAAGAUUUAUUUUUAUUGAGAGUUAUAUAGUUUCACCAGUUUUGUUCUGACUUCGAGAAAAAGGGUGUGUUAACUUAUACACAUAUAACUGUAUCGUUAUGGUCAUGGAUUCAAUUACUGUCUCGGCUCCUGGAAAACUAAUUCUUUUCGGUGAACAUGCUGUUGUAUAUGGAAAGAUGGCCAUUUCCAGUAGCUUAAAUAUGAGGUCAUUUGUUCGACUAACACCCUCAGAUACAGGAAUGGUCCAAGUAUCUAUAUCUGCUCUUGAAAUAAAUAAAACAUGGUCACUUAAAGAUCUGAAGAAACUGUCAGAAGAAUUUACAGCUGAUGAAUUAGCCCAAAGACCAACAGCGACUGUUUUAAAGAGGUUAAAAUCAUUCUUGGAUAUUACUUCAGAUUCAAUGACCUCCAAACAAAUGUUUAUGAUUUUAUUUCUCUAUCUCUACUUAGCAAUUUGCAUAAACAGCUCACAAAAAGAAUUACCGUCUAUCCAAAUUGCAAUUAUUGCUGAACUUCCCAUCGGUGCUGGUCUUGGCUCUUCUGCCUGUGUUGCUGUAUGUUUAUCAGCAGCUCUCUUACAACAACAGCAGAUGAUCACCCACCUUCACAAAAAUACAUUGAGUCACCACUGGACUCUAGAAGAUCUGAAAAAAAUUGAUGCUUGGGCUUUUAGAAGUGAGUGUAUAAUUCAUGGAACACCAUCUGGUAUAGAUAACACCAUUUGCACUUUUGGUGGAGCAGUAACAUACGAAAAUGGUAAAAUACAACCGUUACAGAGAAAUUUUAAACUAAAUGUUUUAAUAAUCAACACUAAAGUACAGAGAAGCACUAGAAAGUUAGUUGAAGGAGUGAAACAAAAAAUGGCCAAAUAUCCUGAGGUUAUGCAAAAAAUUAUGGAUGUGAUCCAUGGAAUAAGUUUGAAGUCCUGUGAAAUUUUAAAUGAAGAAAUUCAUGAAGAUGAACUUUACCCAGUACUUGAGGAACUGAUUGAUUUAAAUCAUUGUCAGUUGGCAGCUCUUGGCGUUAGCCAUCCAUCACUGGAAUAUAUACGAUACAUACUUCAUGAAUUUUCUUUGACUGCAAAAUUGACUGGAGCUGGAGGCGGUGGAUGUGCUUUUGCUAUCCUUAAUUCUGGUGUCUCUGAAAACCAAAAACUUGCUGCAAUACAAAAACUGAAUGAGUCAGGCUUCCAUGCUUUUGAAACAAUCCUUGGAGGACAAGGUGUCAAAUUAUGCACAUCAGUGGAUGAAAAUCCUUUUACAGAACUUACUGAUAUUUAAAAUAUCACAAUAAAAAUCAGAUAUGGUUUAUUUUA